CAGAUUUUCAGUUCUUCAGAUAGAAUUGAUGAAGAUGGUGUUGGAACUUCUGAAAACCAAAAGAAAAAGAAGAACGGUUGGAAUUUGGUCAGAAUAAGAAGAACUAAGCAAUUUUCAUUUGACCAAGGUGAGAUCUUUAUGUUUUAUGGGUUUUUUAUAUAAUUUUAAGUUUGAGUAUGUUCUAAAAUUUAACUAAUUUUUCUUCAAAUUUAAGAACAUAUUGGAUGUCGAUGCUUCAAUUACAAACAGCUUAAAGCAGCCACUGAAAAUUUUAGCCCUGCCAACAUAAUUGGGAGAGGUGGUUUUGGACCAGUUUAUAAGGGUGUUCUCCCUGAUAAGAUGUUACGACACCAACAACUUUCUCUAUUUCCUUAAAUACUCUUUACUUAUUUUAGCCUGCUAGUUUCCUGAUUUAGUUAGACUUCUCUUUAUUAGUUUUGCGUGUUUAAGUUUCCUAGUUUGCAUUGCUUGCUACUGAAGUUUCUUAAGCUAUAAAUACUUAGCUAACGAUUGUAUGCAGCAUUCAAUUAAGAAAAUUCAGUUAUUUACUUGCUUUCUUUCUUGUUUGCUAACCCCAAAGAAAAAGGGUUUUACCUGGUUCUUAUAGUUUUUGCUUGACAUCCUGUGUUAGAAGUCUAGUACCCUAACAUCUGGAUCAGAGCCGUUUUCGAUCAAAAAUACACCAAAUUUUUUUCCCUUCAAGAUGACUUAUACUGAUGAUUUAGCUGCUUUACAAAAUAGUAUUACUGGUGUUGCUGACAAGUUGGAUGUUCUUACCGAAACUAUCACCAACUUCUAUGUUCUUGAUGAGAAUACGCAGAAUCAGAAGGCAGCCGAAAGACUUUCGCGUAAAGAACAAGAAAUAAUUAAUCUUGCUGAUAAGCUCACUACAUCCUUGCGUAUUCUAUCUACAGAAUUUUUCCCUCUCAAUCAUCCAAAUAAUGGCGCUGCACCUCCUCCACCACCUCCACCACCUCCGGGUAAUCAACAACUGCGACCUAAUUCAGUUAAUAUUAAGUUUCCUACUUUCAAUGGUGAGGAUCCUGAUGGCUGGAUCUUCAAUGCUGACCAAUACUUUAGUGUACAUAACAACUCUGAUGCUCUCAAAAUCAUUGUUGCUUGUGCACAUCUAAAAGGAGAGGCAAAUAUUUGGUAUCGAUGGAAGCGCACCAGAGUUGUUGUGACAACAUGGCUAGAAUUUUGCAACUUAAUUCGUGCUCGAUUUAAUACUGAAAAGUUUGUUGAUGCUCGCCUAGCCAUUAGCACCAUGGAGCAAAAAGGUGCGGUUCAUCAGCAUAUCUCUGAGUUCGAAAAAUUACUGAACUUUGUUGAAUUUCCAGAAGAUUAUUUGAUAAGUUGUUUUAUUCGAUCCCUUAAACCCCAUAUUGGGUCUGUGGUUAAACUGCUUGCACCACAAACCUUGGAUGAGGCCUAUACUAAGGCAAUACGUCAGGAAGAAGCUUAUGCUGCUACCAAGUUUGUUCCCAGACCACCAUAUCGUCCACCUCCAUUCAGAGGUCCAAGUACACCUCAACUGGCUCAACAACAACAACCAACUUUUGCUCAGGGUUAUAGGAGAUUAUCACCAGAAGAACAAAGAGAAAAGCGAGCUAAGGUAUUUGCUUCAAGUGUGAUCAGCCAUACAGACCAAAUCAUAUAUGUGUUAAUCCUCAGUUAACUAUCUUGGAUAUUGAGGAACCUACAACAGAACUUGCCAUACACGUUGUGGAUUCUUUUUCUGCGUCUGAAGUUAAUAAUUCAGCGGAGGAUGAUUCUAAGGUUGAGGAUGUUCCUUCUAUUUCUCUGAAUUCACUCAUGGGUUCCCCUUUCCUACUACAAUGCGUAUUACAGGUUUUUCUAAAGCUAAUCCAAUUACAUUUCUAGUAUACUCUGGUUCGAAUCAUAAUUUUAUUAACCCAUCGUUUGUCAAACAAUGUGGUUAUCACAUUCAAUCCAAAGAUACUUCUCUUCGUGUUACAGUGGGUGAUGGUGUCCAUAUACAUACUCAAGGAACAUGUGUAAACAUACCAAUUCAACUGCAGAAUCACAUAUUUUCAAUUGAUUUCCA